AUGAAGGUGUUGCUGCUGGAGGACAACAUGAUCACUUUUGUGAAGAAGGAGCUGAAGAAGAUCCAGAAGCUUCUGAGUCCAGAUUACCCAGAAUGCUCAGAGCUGGAGGGUGAGGAUGAGGAGCAGAGGAAGAGCAGCAGAGAGGCAUUAGUGAAGAUCACAGUGGACUUUCUGAGAAGGAUGAAGCAGGAGGAGCUGGCUGAGCUUCUGCAGAGCAAACUUCUGGCUUCAGCUUGUGGCCGUAAACUAAAAUCUGGUCUGAAGAAGAAGUUCCAGUGUGUGUUUGAGGGGAUUGCUAAAGCAGGAAACCCAACCCUUCUGAACCAGAUCUACACAGAGCUCUACAUUACAGAGGGAGGGACUGCAGAGGUCAAUGAUGAACAUGAGGUCAGACAAAUUGAAACAGCAUCCAGGAAACCACACAGACCAGAAACAACCAUCAGACAAGAAGACAUCUUUAAACUCCCACCUGGAAGAGAUGAACCAAUCAGAACAGUGAUGACGAAGGGAGUGGCUGGCAUUGGGAAAACUGUCUUAAUACAGAAGUUCACUCUGGACUGGGCUGAAGACAAAGCCAACCAGGACAUCCAGUUGACAUUUCCACUGACUUUCAGAGAGCUGAAUGUGCUGAAAGAGAAAAAGUUCAGCUUGGUGGAACUUGUUCAUCACUUCUUUACUGAAACCAAAGAAGCAGGAAUCUGCAGCUUUGAAGAGAUCCAGGUUGUCUUCAUCUUGGACGGUCUGGAUGAGAGUCGACUUCCUCUGGACUUCCACAACAAUGAGACCCUGACUGAUGUUACAGAGUCCACCUCAGUGGAUGUGCUGCUGACUAACCUCAUCAGGGGGAAACUGCUUCCCUCUGCUCGCCUCUGGAUAACCACACGACCUGCAGCAGCCAAUCAGAUCCCUCCUGACUGUGUUGGCACGGUGACAGAGGUCAGAGGGUUCACUGACCAACAGAAGGAGGAGUACUUCAGGAAGAGGUUCAGAGAUGAGGAGCAGGCCAGCAGGAUCAUCUCCCACAUGAAGACAUCACAAAGCCUCCACAUCAUGUGCCACAUCCCAGUCUUCUGCUGGAUCACUGCUACAGUUCUGGAGGAUGUGCUGAAAACCAGAGAGGGAGGAGAGCUGCACAAGACCCUGACUGAGAUGUACAUCCACUUCCUGGUGGUCCAGACCAAAUUCAAGAAGGUCAAGUAUGAUGGAGGAGCUGAGACAGAUUCACACUGGAGUCCAGAGAGCAGGAAGAUGAUUGAGUCUCUGGGAAAACUGGCUUUUGAUCAGCUGCAGAAAGGAAACCUGAUCUUCUAUGAAUCAGACCUGACAGAGUGUGGCAUCGGUAUCACAGCAGCCUCAGUUUACUCAGGAGUGUUCACACAGAUCUUUAAAGAGGAGAGAGGACUGUACCAGGAGAAGCUGUUCAGCUUUGUCCAUCUGAGUGUUCAGGAGUUUCUGGCUGCUCUUCAUGUCCGUCUGACCUUCAUCAAGUCUGGAGUCAACCUGUUGAAACAAGAACAAACAGUUUCUGUUCAAUCUAAGUUAUUUAAAAAAACAGAUCUACAACGUCUCCAUCAGACAGCUGUGGAUCAGGCCUUACAGAGUCCAAAUGGACACCUGGACUUGUUCCUUCGCUUCCUCCUGGGUCUUUCACUGCAGACCAAUCAGAGACUCCUACGAGGCCUUCUGACACAGACAGGAAGUAGCUCACUGACCAAUCAGGACACAGUUCAGUACAUCAAGAAGAAGAUCAGUGAGAAUGUGUCUGCAGAGAGAAGCAUCAAUCUGUUCCACUGUCUGAAUGAACUGAAUGAUGGUUCUCUAGUGGAGGAGGUCCAACGGUCCCUGAGAUCAGGACGUCUCUCCACAGAUAAACUGUCGCCUGCUCAGUGGUCGGCUCUGAUCUUCAUCUUACUGUCAUCAGAAGAAGAUCUGGAGGUGUUUGACCUGCAGAAGUACUCUCCUUCAGAGGAGGUUCUUCUGAGGCUGCUGCCAGUGGUCAAAGGAUUAAGGAUUAAAACUAUCUCCGGGUGCACCCUCUCAGAGGGAAACGUUGCAGCAGUGUCCUCAUUUCUCAGCUCCCGGUCCUUCAGGCUGAAAAAGCUGCAGCUGAGUAGCAGCAACCUGCAGGAUUCAGAAGUGAAGCUGCUGUCGAGUCUGCAGAGUCCACAUAGUCAGCUGGAAACUCUCAGGCUGUGUAUGUGUGGUCUCUCAGAGAGAAGCUGUGAAGCUCUGUCCUCAGUUCUCAGCUCCCAGUCCUCCAGUCUGACAGAACUGGACCUGAGUAACAACGACCUGCAGGACUCAGGAGUGAAGCAGCUGUCUGGUGGACUGAAGAGUCCAAACUGCAAACUGGAAACUCUCAGCCUGUCAGGAUGUCUGAUCACAGAGGAAGGCUGUGCUUCUCUGGCCUCAGCUCUAACCUCCAACCCCUCCCAUCUGAGAGAGCUGGACCUGACAUACAACCAUCCAGGAGAGUCAGGAGUGAAGCUGCUGAUAGCUGCACUGAAGGAUCCACACAGACUCAGUAAUACUUUGAGACUAAAUACCUGUUCCCUCUCAAGUAAAGGAUGUUCAGCUCUGUCCUCAGUUCUCAGCUCCCAGUCCUCCAGGCUGACAGAACUGGACCUGAGUAUCUCCGACUCAGGAGUGAAGCAGCUGUCUGAUGGACUGAAGAGUCCACACUGUAAACUGGAAACUCUCAGCCUGAGUGCCUGUGGCCUCUCAGAGGGAAACGUUGCAGUUGUGUCCUCAUUUCUCAGCUCCCAGUCCUUCAGGCUGAAAAAGCUGCAGCUGAGUAGCAGCAACCUGCAGGAUUCAGGUCUGAAGCUGCUGUCGAGUCUGCAGAGUCCACACAGUCAGCUGGAAACUCUCAGGCUGUGUAUGUGUGGUCUCUCAGAGAGAAGCUGUGAAGCUCUGUCCUCAGUUCUCAGCUCCCAGUCCUCCAGUCUGACAGAACUGGACCUGAGUAACAACGACCUGCAGGACUCAGGAGUGAAGCAGCUGUCUGGUGGACUGAAGAGUCCAAACUGCAAACUGGAAACUCUCAGCCUGUCAGGAUGUCUGAUCACAGAGGAAGGCUGUGCUUCUCUGGCCUCAGCUCUGACCUCCAACCCCUCCCAUCUGAGAGAGCUGGACCUGACAUACAACCAUCCAGGAGAGUCAGGAGUGAAGCUGCUGAUGGCUGCACUGAAGGAUCCACACAGACUCAGGGUGGAGCCUGCUGGAAAAUCAUGGUUGAGACCAGGAGGUGUGAGGAAGUAUUCCUGUCCACUCACUAUCGACACAAACACAGUGAACAGAAGGGUCAAACUGUCUGACAACAACAGGAAGGUGACGUAUGUGAGGGAGAAUCAGUCAUAUCCUGAUCAUCCAGACAGAUUUGAUUGGUUUCCUCAGCUGCUGUGUGGAAAUGUUCUGACUGGUCGCUGCUACUGGGAGGUCGAGUGGAGAGGAGAUGUUUUUAUAUCAGUGUGUUACAGAAAAAUCAGGAGGAAAGGAGACAUCAGAGACUGUUGUUUUGGAUGCAAUGAUCAGUCCUGGAGUCUGAGAUGUUCUGAUAAUGAAGGUUACUUUGUCUGGCACAAUAACAGAAGCACACCCAUCUCCUCCUCCUCCUCCUCCUCUGUCUCUAACAGAGUAGCAGUGUAUGUGGACUGUCCUGCUGGCUCUCUGUCCUUCUACAGAGUCUCCUCUGACUCACUGAUCCACCUCCACACCUUCAUCACCACAUUCACUCAUCCUCUCUGUGCU